AUGCUGGCACCCCGGUGGCUUACGACGGCGAUUUUCGUGUUGACCUAUAUUCAAAAAUCCGGCGGUGACUCUCAGAAACAACCCGUAUGCCUUGCAAGGGACUGGAGGGAAGCCGUAGUUCCUCUGAAAUGGCCCACCUGUGUUGAAACGCGUUGGGAUCGAUGGCCGAACGGUGAACUGACGACGACACCGACACCAGCAUCUCAUAAUAACCUGAAAUCUACCAGCGGAUCAAGCUCGGUCUCGGUCUCCAUAACGGUAGAGCCAGGUCCAGCGUCCUCGUUGGCGGAUCAUGAAUUGGAUACCGAGUCACCGCUCGACAACGUGAACUUUCUCUCUUUUGAAGACUGGAAAAAACAAAAUCUCGCUAGGGCAGGACAGUCGGCGGAGAAUAUCGGCGGCAACCGGCGGGCCGGGACCGCAGAGAAGGACCGUCGACGACCUUUAGGUAUAAACAAUGCGCUCGACUCUCUAGGAGACGAUGUGGAGAUUGAGCUUGACUUUGGCGGCUUUGGGGCCGAUGCGUCAGAGGCUGCAAAAACCGCGACUGACUGGGUUACUCAUGUUCCUUCGCGUGGAAGCGGCGGGGCACAAGUAGUCCCGGAUGGAGGCCGUGACACGGCCGAGGCUUCUGGGCAGGGUGUUCCUCAUGCAGGAGGUGAGCGGUCAAAAGAUGCUGGCACUACUUGCAAAGAACGGUUCAACUACGCGUCUUUUGACUGCGCCGCAACAGUGCUCAAGACAAACCCCGAGGCGAAAGGAUCGUCGUCUGUCUUGAUUGAGAAUAAGGAUAGCUAUAUGCUGAACGAGUGUCGUGCACAGAAUAAGUUUUUGAUUCUCGAGCUAUGCGAUGAUAUUCUGGUGGAUACUGUUGUUCUCGCCAACUACGAGUUCUUCAGCUCGAUCUUCCACACUUUCCGCGUCAGUGUCGCAGACCGCUACCCUGCGAAGCCAGAGCAAUGGAAGGAGCUCGGGAUUUAUGCAGCGAGGAAUACUCGCGAGAUACAAGCCUUCGCAGUUGAGAACCCGCUUAUUUGGGCGCGAUACUUGCGAAUCGAGUUUCUAACGCAUUAUGGAAACGAGUUUUACUGUCCGCUUAGUUUAAUUCGUGUUCACGGGACGACAAUGUUGGAAGAAUACAAGCACGAUGGAGAGGUGAAUAGAGCUGAGGAAGAAUUAGCUGGAGGUGUGGCAGAACCAGCUUUAGAGACAGAGACUGUCACGGAAGAUGCCACGAAGACUGAAGUGCCGCCGCCGGAGGCACCAAGUUUUCACGUCGUCAACUCUGAAAUACGCCCGUCAAAAAUAUGUCCGAAAUUUGUUACUAGUGUUGAGCUGGCAUUGCUCGGUUCAGUGAAUCCUCAAACGUGUGGCAUCAAUGACACCUCGGAAGAGUCGCCCGCGACUGAAGGGAAUAAGCCAGUGCUUAGCAAAACUUCAUCAAGUCCAGUUAUACCUUCAGCUGGCAAUGCUGCCAAGGCUGCUUCUCCUGAGGCUGGAGAUUAUAAAGCCUCAGGCUCUUCUGGUGUCAAUCCUCCUAAUACUGCGGAUACUGCCGCCUCCGGUGCGGCUUCGUCAGAAACAGAUUCUCACAAUGCCACUUCUGACCAAGAUACUCGUUCUACAGCUGCCUCUAGAGAUGAGCAGGGUGUUGAGUCAAUACGAACAACUACAACGCAACCGCCGUCCGCAAACCCGACAACACAGGAAUCUUUUUUCAAAUCGGUCAACAAGCGCCUGCAAAUGCUGGAAACAAACUCAAGUCUGUCAUUACAAUACAUUGAAGAGCAGUCACGGAUUUUACGAGAUGCAUUCAACAAGGUUGAGAAAAGACAGCUUUCUAAAACCUCCACGUUUCUGGAAAACUUGAAUGUGACCGUGGUCAAUGAACUAAAGCAGCUUCGUGAGCAAUACGACCAGGCGUGGAGAAGCGUAGCGCUGGAAUUUGAGCAUCAGAGGAUUCAGUACCAUCAAGAGAUACACUCCCUGAGUGCUCAGCUCGGAGUUCUCGCUGAUGAGAUAGUGUUUCAAAAACGAGUGGCUGUUAUUCAGAGCAUCGUGGUGCUUCUCUGCUUUGGUCUUGUGCUUUUCACCCGCGGCGCAGUUGGCAGCUACAUUGACUUUCCCAGCGUGCAAAACAUGGUCUCACGGUCAUACAGUCUACGGCCUUCCUCGCCCAUCUUGGGGUUCGGGUCUCCCCCUGGAAGCCCCGGUUCGACGCGACCGACAUCAUCUUAUCGUACCACCCCCGGUCAUCGUCGACAGGUCUCACAAGACUCACAGGACGGGUCAGUCAGUCCAACUAUGUAUGCCCCUCCAACCCCAACUUCGGACGACUCGAGACUAGGACCAGACGAACGAGGGACUACAUCUCCAUCCCCGGAGGGAGCUCGGUCAUUAGCUGAGGUCGCACCCCCGUUGCUAAGAUCGAACAGUAGCCCACCCGAUUUGAACGGAGAAAAUGAAGGAGGGUGCGAGAAAAACCACGAGGACCUGGACUCUGACCCAGAAUGUUCUGGCUUUGAAACUGGGGGCGAUGACACGUUGGCAGAAUCGCCGGUAACUGUCAUGAUGCAACAAUUUCAAUGCCCGACAACUAAAGAAACUUCAAUCACAAGCCUCAAAAUGAACUCUAACCCGCUGACUGCCCGCUCGCCCAACACCCACCUCGCCGUUUCCAACGAGCAGGACCUGAAGACCGCAUCAUCAACCACCGAUCUGAUGGACUACCACCGUCAGAAACUACAGGGGAAGAUUGAGAACCAAGACAAACAACAAGCAAGUUACGUCUCUCCAUCCGACGACAUCAUGAGUCCUUGUUCGAAGAAGUUGAGCGAUCUCAAGGGAAAGCGAUUUAAAAAUGUAGAGCAAGACGGUAAAGGUGAUGAAUUCCCCCUAUCGCUCAACCCUUCGUCAGCGACCGGGCCAAGAAGACCCUGGAUCUGGUACUUCCCCGCACCAUUACCCCGGCUUGCGGCCUCCACUCCGAACAACCAAAAGUCUAACCAACAAGAUCAGGUCGAAGAAUUCGUCGAGAAAGAAUGCAUCCCCGCCGAAGCUCUUUUUUCCGCGCAGCUCGGCACCGGUGAGCAACGAUGGAAGACCAACCCUGCCGUCAUGGAGGAGCUCAAGACAAAGGCGAAGAAGAUUGGUCUAUGGAACAUGUUCCUCCCUAAAAACCACUUCUCGCAAGGUGCUGGGUUCAGCAAUCUUGAGUAUGGGCUUAUGGCGGAGUACCUGGGGAAGAGCAAGGUUGCGAGUGAGGCUACGAACAAUGCCGCGCCUGAUACGGGUAACAUGGAGGUUUUGGCCAAGUACGGCAAUGACCAACAGAAGGCGCAGUGGUUGACGCCUCUGCUGGAGGGAAAAAUCCGGUCUGCGUUCCUCAUGACAGAGCCAGAUAUUGCUUCUAGCGAUGCGACGAAUAUCCAGCUUGACAUUCGGCGCGAAGGGAAUGAAUACGUUCUCAAUGGCUCGAAAUGGUGGUCCUCAGGUGCCGGAGACCCCCGCUGCCAGAUCUACCUCGUCAUGGGCAAGACCGAUCCUCGCAACCCAGACACCUACAAGCAGCAGUCCGUCCUUCUGGUACCUGCAUCCACACCCGGCAUCACCAUCCACCGCAUGCUCAGCGUCUACGGCUACGACGACGCCCCUCAUGGCCACGGGCACAUCUCCUUCAAGAACGUCCGCGUUCCGCUAUCCGCCAUGGUUCUCGGCGAAGGCCGCGGCUUCGAAAUCAUCCAAGGCCGCCUAGGACCUGGCCGUAUUCACCACGCCAUGCGGACAAUUGGCGCCGCCGAGCGCGCAAUCGACUGGCUCAUUGCACGUAUCAAUGAUGACCGCAAGAAACCCUUUGGGCAGCCGCUCUCCUCACAUGGGGUAAUUCUCGAGUGGCUCGCCAAGUCACGUAUCGAAAUUGACGCUGCGCGUCUGAUUGUGCUUAAUGCGGCGAUUAAGAUCGACCAGGGCAAUGCUAAGUUUGCGCUUAAGGAGAUUGCGCAGGCGAAGGUGUUGGUCCCGCAGACUGCAUUGACGGUUAUCGAUCGUGCUGUGCAGGUGUAUGGCGCUGCGGGUGUGAGUCAAGAUACGCCGCUGGCUUCUCUGUGGGCGAUGGUGAGGACGCUGAGGAUUGCAGACGGGCCGGAUGAGGUGCAUUUGCAGCAACUUGGAAAGAGAGAGAACAAGUCGAGACGGGAGGAGGUUACAAAGAGAGUGGCUUGGCAGAAGGAGCAGAGUGACAGGAUCUUGACUGCGAAUGGGUUCUCGAAGUUGAAGAGUCUUCUCUAGCUUUGGCUCCUUCGAUAGCGUUGUGACGAGCCUUCUAUCACAUACAACUCGCAAUAAGAAAUAUAAG